AUGUCCUAUAUCUAUGAUUCCGAUAUACGUGCUGAUUUUGGCCCCUCUACAGUCAACUCUAUCUGGACGCGACGAACUGUCUUGGCCAUCAUAGGGCUCAACACGGCUGUUUUCGGCGCCUGGCAAUACGCAAGUACCUACAAAGACAAGCAGUUGAAAGAGUGGCUCCAACGGAACUUUACGGUAUCCUGGACCAACAUUAACCAAGGACGAUACCACACACUUCUCACCUCAGCUUUCUCCCACAACCAGCCGAUGCAUUUCAUUUUCAACAUGGUAACGCUCCAUGCGUUCGGAAGCGUACUGGCUUCCAGUGCCAUUAACCCAUCAAGCCUCGUCGUGAUGAGCGUUUCCUUCGGGGUUUUGAGUUCCUGUGCAUUGCUCUACUGGCUGAAGUCGAAGGGCCUUGACAAGGGAAAGCGUCAGAUACGCCGCGGUUUCUUGCAGAGACCGACCCAAUCAAUUACCAUCUACUCGGGCCUCGGUGCCAGCGGAAUACUGUGCGGAUUAGGUGCUGCAGCUACUUGUCUUGCGCCGUUCCAACGCAUGAUAUUGGCUGUGAUCCCAAUGCCAUUGUUCAUGUGCACUGCAGUUUUCUUCGCCGUGGACACUUACUUCCUCAACAAAGAGUCGCAAGUUGGACAUGCAGCGCACUUGGGAGGAAGUGUUGCUGGUUUCGCUUACUAUUUGGCCUUCUUGCGGAAUCAUGGGAAUGGAGUCUGGCCUAUGCUACGUCGACUCGUAGUGAGGAGAUGA